AGUAAAGUCGGAUCAACCGAGUGCCCAGUGCAAGUCACGUUUUCCCGCAAGCCACGACUAUAGCCUCCCUUUCCAUCUGAAAAAGCGAAAGCCAUAGAUCAAGAAAAAGGAUUUGAAAGUUAUAAGGGUAUUAAGGUAAUUUCACGCUGCCCCUUUCGGCCCACCUCUUCCCCGGUCUCCUUUUACAAAAUUGCCUUCAGGUCUGGAGGGCGUCUUCUUCCAUCAACCAUAGAGGAACCCAAUUUUGGAUAUAUUUACACUUCUUACCCUUCAAAAUUCAAUUCCCCUCUGUUGCCUCCGAUUGGCACUAGCUAGCUCGUUUAACGUUGAGAUCUGAUUCGAUUAUUCCCGAAAAAUGCACAACUCCGCCAUGAUGGAUCCUGAGUUAAUCAGACUCGCGCAGGAACAGAUGAAUCGCAUGUCUCCCACUGAAUUCGCCAAGAUCCAAGAACAGAUGAUGGCUAAUCCCGAGUUGAUGAGAAUGGCCUCAGAAACCAUGAUGAACAUGAGACCUGAAGACUUGAGAAAUGCUGCAGAACAGUUGAAGUAUGCCCGUCCAGAGGAGAUGGCAGAGAUUGGUGAGAAGAUGGCUAAUUCUUCACCUGAAGAGAUAGCAGCAAUGCGUGCCCGUGCUGAUUCCCAGAUCACUUACCAAAUAAAUGCAGCUCAGAUGCUGAAAAAACAGGGGAAUGAGCUUCAUAAUAAAGGAAAGUUCAAUGAAGCCUCUCAGAAAUAUUUGCUAGCAAAGAAAAAUCUAACAGGCAUUCCUGCUUCCAAAGGAAGGACACUCCUGUUAGCAUGCUCACUGAACUUGAUGUCAUGUUAUUUGAAGACAAAGCAAUAUGAUGAGUGCAUACAGGAAGGCACUGAGGUUCUGGCAUAUGAUCCAAAGAAUGUCAAAGCUCUUUACAGGAGGGGUCAAGCAUACAAGGAAUUAGGACAAUUAAACGAUGCUGUCUCUGAUUUAAACAAGGCAUAUGGAGUUUCCCCUGAAGAUGAAACUAUUGGAGAAGUCUUAAGGGAUGUGAAGGAAAAAUUAAUAAAACAAGGUGGUGAGCCUGCACAGAGAAAAUUGGUGAUUGAAGAAAUAACUGAAGAAGCUGUGUCAACUGGAAAUGGAAAAUGUUCUGCCAUGGAAAACUGUGUUACACAACCACAGGAAAAUGGUGCUUGCCGUAAGAGUCAAAGUGGGACCAACAGUGAGGAUCUAACAACUAAUUCAGAGUACUUGCAAACUUUGAAAGAUGACCCUGAAGCUAUCAGAUCAUUUCAGAAUUUCAUGUCUAAUGCUGAUCCUGAUACUCUGGCUGCUUUAAGUGCUGGAAAAUCUGGAGAGUAUUCACCUGACAUGUUUAAGACUGCCUCGAAUAUGAUUAGCAAGAUGUCACCUGAAGAACUUCAAAGAAUGGUUCAGAUGGCUUCCUCAUUUCAAAGGGAAAACGAAUAUUUUCCAAAAGGUUCUUUAGACUCUAAUUUUGGAAGCUUUAGACCUGGGUCGGUUCCUCCAAAUUUGACACCAGAAAUGCUUAAAACAGCAACAGAUAUGAUGAAUAAUAUGUCAACAGAAGAGCGCCAGAAAAUGUUGGAAAUGGCUUCUUCUUUGAGAGCUAGAGAUUCAGUUUCUACCCCAGCUUCUUUAAAUACUGAUGGACUAAGUUCAAAAUUCCCAGAGACCCGAGAAAAUUCUGCUGUUAAUGGAAAUAAUGAUAUGGGUGAAAGUAGUUCUCAUGGUUCAUUUUCAAAUUUGAGAGGUGGUUCUCAGUCCAGUUUUCAACCUUCAACUGCUGGCAUGCAAGAACAAAUGAGAAACCAAAUGAAAGAUCCAGCCAUGCGGCAGAUGUUCACAUCAAUGAUUAAGAAUAUGAGUCCAGAAAUGAUGACAAAUAUGGGUGAACAGUUUGGAGUUAAGCUUUCUCGAGAAGAUGCGGAAAAAGCCCAACAAGCCCUCUCAUCUAUAACACCUGAGAACUUGGAUAGAAUGAUGCGUUGGGCUGAUGGGAUUCAAAAAGGAGCCGAACGAGCCAGGAAGGCAAAGAAUUGGCUGUUAGGAAAACCUGGUAUGAUCCUAGCAAUAUGCAUGCUCAUUUUAGCAAUUAUUCUUCACCGGCUGGGCUACAUUGGCAGUUAGAAUAAGGGACCUGUCUGCAAAAAAACCAAUCCAGAUCUAAGAUCUCGAACAAGUUCAACCUCCGUUACAGAAACAGGCCCCACAACCUAAUUUAACCUUUCAAAGUAGUUGGGAAAGGGUCAGGUAAGUCGAUGCAGAGUGAUGAGCACUUGGAAGAUUGGGAGAUGAGGAGUGUUGUGGUCAGUGGGUGUAGAUGAUUCCCAGAUACAUAAAUAUAUUUUGUAUGUGUUAUUAGUUACAAUGGAUUGUUUGAUUUGUUGGGAACUCUAGUCUAACAAAGGGAAUCCAAAAUUCUCCCACUGCUUUCAAUGGUUUUAUUAUAAUAGAAGCAAAAGGCAAAUUGUGCUUUGAGA